GGGGAUUCCUGCAGGUCGCUCAGUCUCUCUUCUUCCAAGUCCAACUCGCAAGCCUUCCCCUCUUCUCAGCACAGAGGCAACUGGUGGUGCUACUCGGGCUCCAUGAACAGUCGGAACAACAGCUGGGAUACCGUGAACACCCUUCUGCCGGAAGACCCCGAGGUUGCAGAUAUCUUUUCCAAGUGUCCUAAGCUGCCGGAUCUGGAGGAAUACCCUUGGACUGAUGAAGACAUUGGGAAAAUACUCCGGAAAGGGAAGGGAGAUGGCAAGAGCAGAACCUUUUCCCAGGAAGCUGUCAGGAGGCUCUCGCAGCUGCUGAGACGCGCCUUGAUCAGGGUCUCCAGGGAAGCUCAGCGGCUCAGCGUGAUGCACUCCAAGUGCACCCGGUUCGAGGUGCAGAGCGCCGUCAAGCUCAUCCAGAGCUGGUCGCUGUCGGAGAGCUGCGUCUUGGCCACCGUCAAGGCUCUCUCGCUGUACAGCAUGAGCGCCGGAGACGGACUGAGGAAAGGUAAAUCGGCCAGGUGUGGCCUCACCUUUUCAGUGGGGAGGUUUUUCAGGUGGAUGGUGGACACGAGGAUCUCGGUUAGGAUCCACGAGUACGCAGCCAUCUCUUUAACCGCCUGCAUGGAGAACCUCGUCGAAGAGAUCAAGGGUAGGGUUUUGGCAAGUCAGAGCCCUGAUGGUGGAGGAGGGGAGAUCUCAGCUGAAAUCCUGGAGAUGGUUAUCAACAACGAUGCUGAACUUUGGGGGGUGUUGCAACCUUACGAGCAUCUCAUCUGUGGGAAAAACGCGAAUG